AAUAAAUCGUAAACAUUAAAUAUUUUUGAAAAGCAUCAGAGAUGGCAGAAAGUAGAAAACGCACAGUUUGGACGACCAGCGACGAAAAUGAGCUAAUUUAUUUGUGGCGUGAACGAGCCGGAGAUUUGCGACAUGCUAAGCGCAAUUUGCAUAUUUAUACAGAUAUAUCUGUGCAAAUGGAGCAUAAAUUUACACCGAAGGAAGUGCAUGUCAAAAUACGAAACUUAACACAAAGAUAUAGAGAAGAAAAGAAAAAGGUUGGACCCUCGGGGUCGUCGGAGUGGAAACUUUUUGAUGCAGUUCAUCAAAUAAUCGGACUGAUGGCAGCCAAUAAUGCAGAAACAAAAGAAUUGUUUGAUUUCGUGGACAUAUCGUCAUCAACAUUUCUGCCGUUUCAGUCAACUACACCUACAGUAUCACCAUUAGAAAUGCCACCCGCAGUAUCGGAAUCUGAACCGCUGGGUUCGCAAGCAGUGGCAUCUUCCAGCUCGCAAUCAUUGUCACUGGAUAGUUCCUCAACAUCAGCAACUAGAAAGAGGAAUUAUAAGGGUGAAAUACUAAAAAUGGCAAAAGAGCAAAAUGAAUUGCUGAAGGCAGUGGCAGAGGUUGGAAAAGAAUUAACAGAAAAACUUGUUAAUGCUAUUGAACGACAAAAUAACACUACGCAGGAGUUCUUAGUUAUUAUGAAAAAUAUUUUAGAAAAAAUGUAAACAGUAAAUUUUAAGUAAAUAUGUAUGAGUUGUAUAAGUUAUUAACGAAGUUAUUUAUUACAAAUUAAUUAAAAAAUAUUUUUGAA